AUGAUCCCGCUCGUCGCCGCAGCUUCUCUCUUCACCGUGGGCUAUGCCCAAUCCGCAACCACUCUCCCCCCUCCAGGCCAACCGCAGCGAACAGGUGUCCCAGGUGGCUUUGAGCUCAUUGGAGAAAGCUUGGUUAGCGCACAACAACUGUUCCUGGGAACAGAGGACAAAGUUUUGUUCGUCGACAAGGUCGAAGCCAACCCCGCCCAAAUCAACGGUCAUCCAGCAUGGGCAUCUGAAUGGGCGGUUGGCAGCGGCGAACAGCGGCCCAUGGACAUCGUUACCAACUCGUUCUGUGCGGGUGGCAAUGUCUUGGGCAAUGGAACCUGGAUCAACGUAGGCGGUAACGAAGCCGUCACCUUUGGCGGUAUCCCAACGCCCGACCAAAAUACCGCUAGCGCCCCUUACUUCAACGUCGACGGCCGAACAUCAAUUCGCUUGUAUACUCCUUGUGAUGACGGCAACUGCGACUGGACGCUGUCCCCGAUUCCCACAGACCAGCGAUGGUACCCAACACUGGAAACAUUGGAUGAUGGUUCCAUUAUCAUUAUCGGAGGUUGCAGAUACGGUGGCUACGUCAAUGACCCGGGUCAGGAUAACCCCACCUAUCAGUUCUUCCCACCUCGAGGCGAAGGCACCGUCUACCUCGACUUGCUCUCGCGAACCCUCCCCGCCAACUUGUUCCCGUUGACCUGGCUCCUUCCCUCUGGAAAGCUCCUCAUCCAGUCCAACUGGGCCACUUCGCUUUUGGACUAUAACACCAACGAAGAAACUCCUUUGGAUGAUAUUCCGGAUGCUGUCCGUGUCUACCCCGCCAGCGCUGGUUCCAUCAUGUUGCCGCUCACCCCCGCCAACGACUACACCGCUACUAUCCUUUUCUGCGGUGGAUCGAACGUCCAGACCGAACGAUGGACUGCCCCAGACUUCAUUAAGCCCAGCUAUGGUGCUUCCACUUCUUGCGUCAAGAUCACCCCGGAUGUAUCUCCGUCGUACUCUCAGGAAGAUCCCCUUCCGGAGGCUCGUGUGAUGGUCAACAUGGUCUUCCUGCCUGACGGCAAGAUCCUCACUCUCAACGGAGCACGAUUCGGAACCGCCGGUUACGGAAAUGACACCUGGGCUAUUGGCCAUUCUUACGCCGACAACCCAUUGUACACUCCUGUCAUCUUCGACCCUGAGGCUACCACUGGCAACAAGUGGUCAGAUGAGGGCUUGGCUGCCAGUACCGUUCCUAGGAUGUACCACUCGUCUGCCGUCCUCCUUCCCGAUGGUUCCGUCAUGGUUUCGGGAUCCAACCCCAACCCCGACUUUGUUGCUCCAAGCGAUGGCCACCCCUUCCCCACCGAGUACCGAACUGAGUUGUGGUACCCCACCUGGUACAAGGAGCGCCGACCUGAGCCCAAGGGCUUGCUCUCCAGCCUCUCCUACGGUGGCGACUCUUUCGACAUCACUCUCGACGAGGAUGAUCUCUUCGGUGACGUUAACAAUGUCAAGACUGCCAAGGUUACCAUCGUCCGACCUGGCUUCUCCACCCACAACCUCAACAUGGGUCAGCGCUUCGUCCAGCUUGACCACACCUACACCGGCUACGGUUCCAACAACAGCGCCGUCCUCCAUGUCAGCCAGCUUCCUCCCAACCCUGCUGUCCUCGCUCCUGGCCCUGCUCUCAUUUUCGUCGUCGUUAACGGUGUCCCGUCCGUCGGCAAGAUGAUCAUGGUCGGUAACGGCCAGAUUGGCCCUCAGCCCGUGCACGAUGCUGCCCAAUUGGCCCCCUCCGAGCUCAUUGGCGUCAAGAACACUGGAGCCGGCGGUGGAACCAAAGGAAAUGGUGGUGGUGAUGAUGACGAUGCUGGUGCCGCUGUGACCAAGACCGCUUCGGUUGUUGGAAUGGUUGCUGCCCUCGUUGGAAGCUUCAUUGCCUCGCUCUGGUAA